UCAUAUAACUAACCUAAUUAUGUCUUUUUUCUUUAAAACAAAUUAAACUUUUCCAAAUUCCGAGUGAAUCGUUCUUUUAAAAUAGGUGCAUGGUAAUAAAAUAGAUGAAAGACAACAAACAAAGUCAUAUUGUUCUUAUAAAAAUUCUAAUUAGUAUGAAAAGAAUCUAACUAAAAUGAGUGAAGAAACGAACUGGUAUGAAUGUAUAGACUACGACGAAUAUCGUAUGUUUUUGGUAGCAAUUUUGAUACCCCUUUUGGUCGUUUACAAUACCACAUUGCCUGUCCUUCAACUUGUGGCUUAUUCGAUGUUUUUUGUGACAUUGUUUAUCAUGUUCUUGCAGAAAUGAUAGAAAAUGCUCGCAAAGGUGAUUUUGCCGAUGACGAUAGAUUUAAAUGCUACUUAAAGUGCGUCAUGGUCCAAAUGGCAGUGAUGAAUGACGAAGGAGUAGUGGACCCUGAAGCGGUGGUUGCUGUUCUACCCGACGAAUUGAAAGAUGUUUUGUCUGGAAGUAUAAGGGCAUGUGGCGGGAAAGUUGGAAAAGAUCAGUGUGAAAAUGCCUGGUUAACUCAUAAAUGUUACUACGAAAAGGAACCUGAACAUUACUUCCUGGUCUAAUCUCUAACAAAUUGAAGAAUUUGUACCCCUAGUAAGAAAACCCAAUUUUCCUGCAGAAGGUGUCGACAUCUGUUGUUUCAGCAAAUAAUUAAAUAAACAUUAUUGUAAUUAA